CUUUCUCAUUCUGAGCUAACACAUUAAUAAAACAAGCAAAGCCCACAGCUCACUCACUCCUCUAACUACUGCAGCAAGCUGCUAAUCCUUUCUCUUCAUUCCACUAUAACCUUUCUUAUUCACUUGCAUUUGCUUCUUUCUGUAAUUUACUGUAGGACAAUGAUAUCACACAAAAUCCUUUUGCUCAGAUUUCUAUAUGCAUAUCCUCCCUCUGACCCACUUUGACCCUGUCUACUUCAAAACGAUUACUAUAUCCUUUCAUCUUCACCUUCAUUUAUGUGCACACCUGUCCACAGCAGUACAGUUGGAGUAUCAUCAAAGUCUCAAACAAUCUCUACGAGUCUCAGUCUGCCCCCCUUUCCCUCCCUUGUUCCCAAUACAACAGUAGAAUUAGUUCGGCAGUGCAUUUAUGGCACCCACUGACAGACUUGUGCUCUCAAAUCUCGACGCCUCUUAUCCCCUCUUGGAGCUCGUCACCCAUUUUAAGGCCUCUUAAAAGACUACUCUGCAUAUAUUACCUACUCCCAACGCAGCAUCGGCCAUCCAUCUCAGCUCUGGAGUCUCGUCUCGUGAACCUGCACCUCCUUAAUGAUCUCCAUUCGGAUACAGGUAUCUACCCAGCCUGCCUGUAUUCCACUCGUCUAUGCUCCCGACCCAACGCCAUCCAUGCACCAAUUUAUAAUGCUUUUACCAUAAACCUGCACUACUCCUCUUCAAUGCUCUCUAUGUUCAUGCAAUGCAAUAUACUCUAACAUUUGUUUUCUCUCUUCAGCUUAUUGUGUACUCUGUUCCUCCAGAGAGAUGGACACGAUGAAAAAGGACUUCUCCAUCCUCCUAAAUACUAGUAUUAUACUCUUUUUAACAUGUUGUGCAUUCGUUUCUGUUUUCUGCCAAAACCAAGAGUUAUCAAUUCUCUUAGAGGUGAAGAGCUCGUUCGAAGAAGACCCUCAAAAUGUGCUGCAUGACUGGUCCUCUAAAACCAACCCCAAUUUCUGUACUUGGACAGGAGUUACUUGUGGCUUCAGCUCCUUCGAUAGCUCAUCAGUCCAUGUAGUGAGCCUAAACCUUUCUGGAUUCUCACUCGGUGGGUCAAUAUCACCCUCGCUUGGUCGUUUACAGAACCUACUCCACCUUGAUCUUUCAUCUAACCGCCUUACGGGCCCCAUCCCAACCACCCUCUCUAACGUUCCUUCUUUGGAAUCUUUGCUUCUCUUCUCAAACCAACUCUCUGGUCCCAUCCCACCUCAGCUGGGUUCACUCACCAGUCUCCGAGUCAUGCGAAUAGGUGAUAAUGGGCUCACUGGUCCCAUUCCUUCCACAUUUGGCAACCUAGUCAACUUGGUCACCCUUGGCUUAGCCUCAUGCAAUCUGACAGGCCCAAUUCCCCCCGAACUGGGUCAACUCGCUCGAGUUGAGAACUUGAUUCUGCAGGAUAAUCAACUUGAGGGCCCUAUCCCACCUGAGCUGGGGAAUUGUUCAAGCCUCAACGUAUUUACUGCAGCUCUCAACAACCUUAAUGGAUCCAUUCCAGCGGAAUUGGGUCGUCUCAAGGGCCUUCAAGUUCUCAAUUUGAUUAACAACAGUCUGUCAGGGGAGAUACCGAGUCAACUUGGUGAAUUGAGCCAACUCGUUUAUCUCAGUUUUAUGGGGAACCAUCUUGAAGGUACAAUCCCGAGGUCAUUAGCGAACUUGGGCAAUCUUCAGAAUCUUGAUUUGUCGUUAAACAAGCUCACUGGAGGCAUUCCUGAAGAGUUGGGCCAGAUGAGUGAGCUGGUGUUUUUGGUUCUAUCAAACAACAAUCUUUCAUGUCCAAUACCAAGAAACAUAUGUUCCAACACUAGCAAUUUGGAGCAUCUCAUUCUAUCAGAGGUUCAACUUUUAGGUGAAAUUCCGCCGGAAUUGAGACUCUGUCGAUCGUUGAAGCAGCUUGAUUUGUCCAACAAUACGCUAAACGGAUCAAUACCGGUUGAACUUUAUGAGCUGCUUGAAUUGACCGAUCUCUAUCUCCACAACAACAGCUUGGUUGGUUCAAUUUCUCCAUUCAUAGCAAACCUCAGCAACUUGCAGACGCUUGCACUGUUUCACAACAAUUUGGAGGGCAACUUGCCCAGAGAAAUUGGAAUGCUGAGCAAACUUGAAAUCUUAUAUCUGUAUGAAAAUCAACUGUCUGGAGAUCUGCCUUCGGAGAUUGGUAAUUGUUCAAGCCUGAAAAUGAUUGACUUCUUUGGCAAUCGUUUCACUGGGGAGAUUCCCGUUACUAUUGGCAGACUGAAGGAGCUGCAUCUUCUUCAUCUGAGGCAAAAUGCGCUUGUGGGUUAUAUUCCAGCCACGGUGGGUAACUGUCAUCAACUAACCAUCCUGGACUUAGCAGACAAUCGCCUAUCUGGUGUCAUUCCCGCGAGUUUCGGGUACCUUGAAGCCCUGGAGCAGCUCAUGCUUUACAACAAUUCACUUGAAGGUAAUCUCCCCACUUCAUUGAUCAAUUUAGCGAACCUGACAAGAGUCAAUCUGUCCAAAAACAAAAUGAAUGGCAGCAUUGCUGCAUUGUGUAGUUCACGCUCUUUGCUUUCUUUUGAUUUAACAAACAAUGCAUUGGAUGGUGACAUCCCUCCGGAGCUUGGUAAUUCACCUUCUCUUGAGAGACUAAGAUUAGGCAAAAACCAAUUCACUGGCAGAAUCCCCGGAUCAUUGGGCAAGAUUCGUGAACUGUCACUAUUAGAUCUCUCGGGUAAUAUGCUCAGUGGACCUAUACCAGCUGAGCUGAUGUUGUGCAGGAAACUGAGUCAUAUUGAUCUAAAUAACAACUUCCUUUCUGGACUGGUACCACCAUGGCUUGGUGGUUUGCCUCAACUAGGGGAGAUUAGGCUCUCCUCCAAUCAAUUUUUUGGGGCUCUUCCUCGAGAACUUUUCAAUUGUUCCAAGUUGUUGGUACUCUGCCUUGAUGGCAAUUCGCUCAAUGGAACUCUAGUUGGUGAAAUUGGAAACUUGUUAUCUCUUAAUGUGCUCAACCUCAACAGAAACCAACUUUCUGGACCUAUUCCUCCGACCAUAGGCAAGCUAAGCAAGUUGUAUGAGCUACAGCUCUCAUGGAACAGCUUCAAUGGGGAUAUACCAACUGAUCUUGGACAACUCCAGAAUCUUCAAAGCAUUCUAGAUCUCAGUAACAACAAUCUCACCGGACAAAUCCCACCUUCUAUUGGAACGCUAUCCAAGCUCGAAGCCCUCGAUCUUUCUCACAAUCAACUCAUCGGGGAAGUCCCUCCUCAAAUUGGUGACAUGAGCAGCUUGGGCAAGCUUAAUCUCUCCUGCAACAAGCUUCAAGGCAAAUUAAGCAAACAGUUGUCACACUGGCCAGCUGAGGCAUUUGAAGGGAACUUAAAUCUAUGUGGAAGCCCGCUUGAUCGUUGCAACAACCUUCCAUCCAGCAAGCAGCAAUCAGCCCUAAGCGAAACAUCCGUGGUGGUGAUAUCAGCAAUUUCAACUCUAGCUGCAAUUGCUCUGCUGGCGCUGAUAGUAGCCACCUUCUUGAAACAGAGGAGAGAAUAUGCCAAGAGAGCCAGUGAAGUGAAUUGCACAUACUCUUCCAGUUCUUCACAACCACGAAGAAGGCUACUCUUCCAGAAUGGGGCCGCUAAGCAAGACUAUAAAUGGGAAGACAUCAUGCAAGCCACAAAACAUCUAAGUGAUGAGUUUGUCAUUGGCUCAGGAGGAUCUGGAACAGUGUACAAAGCUGAAUUACCAAAGGGAGAAACAGUGGCUGUCAAAAAGAUUUCAUGGAAGGAGGAUCUUCUAUUGAAUAGAAGCUUCACAAGAGAAAUUAAGACACUUGGGAGGAUAAGGCACAGGCAUCUAGUGAAGUUGAUGGGGUAUUGUAGGAACAGAGUGGCUGGUUUGAAUCUCCUGAUAUACGAGUACAUGGAGAACGGAAGUGUGUGGGAUUGGCUGCAUAGGAAACCGGUGAAUAUCAAGAAGAAGAGCGUUGAUUGGGAGGCUAGGAUAAGGAUUGCAGUGGGGUUAGCGCAAGGAGUGGAGUACCUCCACCAUGACUGCGUGCCAAAGAUUGUUCAUCGGGACAUCAAAUCAAGCAACGUGCUGCUAGAUUCUAAUAUGGACGCUCAUUUGGGAGAUUUCGGGCUUGCAAAAUCACUUGCUGAGAAUCAUGACUCCAACACAGAAUCAAAUUCAUGGUUUGCAGGGUCUUAUGGUUAUAUUGCGCCAGAGUAUGCUUACACAUUGAAGGCAACUGAGAAGAGUGACGUUUACAGUAUGGGCAUUGUGCUAAUGGAGCUUGUCAGCGGGAAAAUGCCGACUGAUGCCUGUUUUGGUGUAGACAUGGACAUGGUGAGAUGGGUGGAGACGCGAAUGGAAAUGCAAGGUUCUGAUCGUGGGGAACUGAUAGAUCCUGCUUUGAAACCCCUCUUACCCGGCGAGGAAUCUGCAGCAUAUCAGGUGCUUGAAAUAGCACUGCAGUGCACGAAAACCACCGCACAAGAGAGGCCAGCCACCCGGCAAGCAAGUGAUCAACUCAUUCAUGUAUUGAACAACAGGAUGGUGGAUUUUGACAAGAUGACAUGACUAACGCUAUCGCUUCUUAAAGGUUGAAGUUGAUCAAAAUGAAAGAGAAACUAAUGGCUGCCGCAAGCUCACAUCGUGAAACUUCCAUAUAAACAUUCAGAAUUUUACUACGUUAUAUGCCAAGCUCCAGCUUGUUUGAAUAGUUUUUGUUGGGAAAUCUUUUAAAAAUAGUUGUAAAGGAAAUCCUCGGAAUUUGGACACCUAGCUAUUCUUUUCUUCUCUUCCAUUUAUAAUAAUCCAGCACACCCGCAGCCCCUGCC